AUACCGGACUCUGCUCUGUCCCGAUUUUGAUGCCGUGAAAUAGAUGUUGUUGGUUUGAGACAUUUUGGUGACCAGCUGUUUUUCAAGCCUCUUUCAGGGUGCAUCAUGCAGAACUUUCUUUGGAAAUUCAUCGUCUUUCCUGUUCUUAUCUGCUCCUGCUGUUUCUGUGAUAAUGUGAACACAGAGGACAAUCCAAACAUACCAGCAAUCGCCAAAUAUUUCAACACAAAAGGGAGAUACGAAGAAGUAAAUCCACAUCUUAGAGAGGACAUACUGGCUGCAAACAGAUCAGUUUUGCAGCCUCCAUCUGCACAAUGUCAAGAAAUCCAUCUGACUGCGAUAAUAAGACACGGGACAAGGUACCCCACGACCAGAAACGUCAAGGACAUGCAGCAGCUUCACAACAUCGUCCUGCAAAAUGCAUCAGGUAAAGAGAGCUGGCUGCGUGAGAUCCAGAACCAGUGGACGAUGUGGUACACAGAGGACUUGGACGGCAGACUCGUCCAGAAAGGAGUGAACGAUCACAAGCAUCUGGCAGUCCGGCUGUCAAAGCUGUUUCCAUCAUUGAUCACAGAGGAGAAGCUCAGAGGUGGUCUGAUCAAAUUCAUAACCAGCUCAAAGCACCGGUGUGUCAACAGCACACUGUCCUUUAAGGCAGGACUGACAGAGCUUUUGGCCAUUACAGAUGAGGAGUUUGACCAUGAAGUGAAUGAUAACCUCAUGAGGUUUUUUGACCAGUGCACCAGGUUUGUGGAGGACGUUGAUAAAAACCCUUCAGCUGUGGCCGAGGUGGACAAGUUCAAGCAGGGACCAGAGAUGAGGAGGGUCCAGGAGAAGAUCGCAGACCGUCUCAGAAUAGCCUAUAGUCUAAUCACAUAUGAUUUGGCUGAGGCUGCAUUUUACUUGUGUGCUUAUGAAUUUGCUAUCAAGGCAAUAAACUCACCCUGGUGUCAGCUGUUCGAUGAAGAAGAUGCAAAGGUGAUGGAGUAUGCAAGUGACCUGAGGGAAUUCUGGAAAAGAGGCUACGGCCAUGACAUUAACAGCAAGUCAAGUUGCAUCCUCUUCCAUGAUGUGUUCAGUCGACUUGACAAAGCAGCAAGCGAGAACAAGUCAGGCCAGCAGGUGACAGAAGCUGUGACAGUCCAGGUUGGCCAUGCAGACACCCUCCUGCCCUUGCUCACCCUCCUGGGCUUCUUUAAAGACAACGAGACCCUGACUUCAACCAACUAUGCCACAACAACACAACGCUCCUUCCGCACCAGCCACAUGUUACCAUACGCCGCCAACUUACUCCUGGUGCUGUACGACUGUGGUGACGGUGACUUGAGACUGCAGCCUCUGCUCAACGAGAAGCCUGUCACUUUCCCUGGUUUGACUGAGGCCUCCAUACCGCUCUAUCAGGAAGUCAAAGAGCACUACAGGGAACUGCUGCAAGGCUGUGACUUUGAGACUGAGUGCCAACUGCUUAAGAGUCCUGCUAAAGUUUAGGCAGACAAGCUGGAGAUGAUAAUGAAGUUAGAGUUCGUUUUGGUGCCACACAGUUAAUGUGCUCCUGUGAUCCUAAUAUUAAAACGUAAUUGGUUGAA